AAGCCCCCCGGCGCCGAGUCGACAAUUAAUGAUCAGUGUUGCCUUGUCUUCCAACGCGACGCGAGCGUGAUCUGUGUUUACACGUUACCAGUGUUUGUUUAGUUACGACAGUUUCGUGAAAAUGGCUGACAGUGGACUUAAGAGGAAUAUCCCAAUCAAGCUCGGAGAUUUCUCCGUCAUAGACACAGAGUUCUCCAGUAUUAGGGAGAGAUUCGACGCUGAAAUGCAUAAAAUGGAGGAAGAGAUGAGCAAAUUCCGAUCGGAACUUAUGAACAGGGAGAGCAACAAUUUCUUCAAGAGCACCACAAGGUCUUACAAUUUCGAAUCUGUUUCCUCCGGUGGAGUAACGAAGUCGUCAGAGAGCUCUACCACAUCAUCACAGCACAGUGACAGCAGACAGUUGGCCGAGCCCAGCCAUUGGGACAGCCUGAACUCUCCCCUCAUCCAAGACGAAGGUGAUGGCAAGAGCCUGAAACUCCGCUUUGACGUCAGCCAGUACACUCCCGAGGAAAUCGUCGUCAAGACUGUUGACAACAAAUUAUUGGUACACGCCAAACAUGAAGAAAAAUCUGAAACCAAGUCAGUAUACCGUGAGUACAACAGGGAGUUCCUCCUGCCCAAAGGCACGAACCCAGAGGCAAUCAAGUCCUCUCUGUCCCGCGACGGUGUCCUCACCGUGGAGGCACCCUUACCACAACUGGCGAUCACCGACAGGAACAUCCCCAUCCAGAAACACUGAGAAUCUCAGCGGUCUAUUGACAGCAGCUAUUCCAUAAUUAUUUAUUAUUAGGUGUAUCGAGAUAUUUUAUGAAUCUCUAAUGUAUAUGUUACUGUAAAAGUUCGAACUACGGUUAAUCUUAAGAUUUAAAUGUAAGUCUUAGGAUUUACCGAUAUGAGUUGGUAAAUGUAAGUAUUUCUGAAAAUACGACGAUUUUUUCGAGCUUUUACCAUUUGAAUUCAGUAUAUGCUAGGUUUUACCACUGUCAGCUGGUAGAUGUUGGUUUUAGGAAUAAAACAAUGAGUUAUUCUUAAUUAUUUACUUUAAUGUACUAUUAGACAAAACACGUACAUAGUAUUAUAAAGGUAUCACAUGAUAGUAAUAAGUACAAACUAAUACCAAGUUAUUUAAAUUAUUUUGAAAAAACACAUAACGUAUGUCGUUGAAUAUCUCAAUCUCUAUCAUAUCUAACUGAAUCAGUAGUUAUCUAUUUGGAAUUUAACAACGAAAUACAAACAUAAUGUUUACAUAAGCUAGUCUAACUUAAUAUUUUUUUUUGUUUUUCAACAUUUACCCUGCCAUUAAUGUAAAUACUAAGAUUUACCAACGGAAUGGUGGUAAGAGUUCGAAUCGCAAACCUUUUGGGACAUUUACCAUUAGGAAUUGGUAGAUCUUAGGUUUUACUGGAAUAUCUUAGGAUUUACUGCAGUUCGAGCUUUUACAGUAACAUAUGUACUAAUUUUGUUUAUACGUACAUAAUGUGGCUUGCUCUGUGAUUGAAUUUCUGCUGUUUACGCAAAGAGCGGGUAACACGGAGCUUGGGUGAGUUCAUGGACCCUAAUUAUUAAUAGGAACUAAAUGCCUUAUUGCCUACUUACAAAAUCCGUUCACAUAGAAUUAAUAUAAUAGGCAGUGUACUGAUUCACAAUAAGCUUUUGCUGAAACACAUUUAUAUUUUAGUACAAAAUUGUUACAGAAAUUUUAGAUGUCAAUAAAAUAUAAAAUAAAUCA